AGGAAGCAGCAUGUAGCCUUGAGAAGGGCCUUAGUGUCUUGACCGGGAUGUCAUGCCAACAGGUUUGGUGACCACAUGGCUUGAGGAGAAGGGCUUCGGCUUCAUUGCGCCAGACGAUUCCACCUUUGGUGAUUUGUUCGUUCAUGUCAGUGAGCUACGUGAUGCACGUGCCAAUGGCUUGGAGCGCGGUGACAGGGUCCGCUUUGAUGUCAAAUAUAACCGAGAGAAAGGCAAAAACUUGGCCGUCAACGUUAUAGUGGAGAAGAGUGGGGGUGGCGCAUCCAGCGGGCGAAAGCGAAAUCGAGACAGCCGAGCUCGAGGCGGACAAGGCGGCCGCAGAGGCAGACGUGGUCGCAGUGGCAGCCGAGACAGCAGACAAGAUGCCCGACGCAGGAGCAACAGCAGGAGUCGGAGUGGCAGGAGGGGCAACCACACCACAAGCAAAGGUCCGGCGAAGUCCAAAAGGAAAAAGAGCUCCAGAAGUGAGGGCAGCAGCUCCAGUCGAAGUGCCUCAUGAGGGGCAGGCUGACUGGCUGAGCAACCCGGCGUAUAAACUUUGUGAUUUGUGCCAGCAGUGCCCACAAAAAA